AUGGCGGGGGGUGUCAUGCCUAAAAUCGCCUACUUCGUCGCCUGCCCUUCGAAGGUCAAUUGCGACAAAUACUAUCAGGAGAAGGUAUGGCGGAUGUUCGGGUCGAUCGACAAGAUUAACCAGACUGGAUUCACCAAUGCUGCCAUCUCUGAUGUUGUAGCUACCGAUUUGGACGACUUACCUCACAGGGAUGAUCGAAUGGAGAGCUUCUGGCCGGUUGAGACGCUGAAGUAUUUCUAUUUGAUCUUCAGUGAACCAGACCUGGUCACUCUGGACGAAUAUGUGGUCAUCACUAAGGCACAUCCACUACAGCGUCCGACCUAG